AUGUGGUCCAAAGCAAUUCUGUCAGAAACCGUUCUCUUCAUUUUGCUUGCUUCAGUGGUGGUUAUUGCGAGCAGUCUGCCUUAUUACAGAACAUUGCCAUCUUCACGGCUUAACGCUGACAAAUCAACAAAAGAAGAAGGUAGGGUGUAAUUCGCCAUUCUUUUUCACUUUAAUUAUUAAAUUUAAAAAAAGGCUUGGAAGAGACAACUCAGUAUUAUGAACGUAUUAUGAACGUAUUAUAAACUGUAAGUUUCAUUUAUUCAAAACGUUGUGAAUUAUUAGCUUUAGCAUUAGGGAAUAUUUUUAUUUUGCUUUAAUUUUUUUCGAAGUUAUUAGGAAAUGUGAAUGUGAAUAUGAAUUUAGUGGUUAUUAGGGCUUCUAAACAUAAAGUAUAUAGAGGCAAUGUUGGGAUUAUGGGGACAUUCUGGUUCACAUUGUCUUAGACAUUUUGUUACAAAAUGUGGAAAAUCUGAGAGUGAAGAAAAAAGAUAGAGAAAGCUGCACAUAUUGAAACAAACGUCAUAAAACUGAUCAUGAAAACAAGCAGGUUGAAUGUUAUCAGCAGAAGCAGAAGGCUAGAGGAUGAAUAUAACACCUUCCAAGAUAUGCAUUAUAAUCAGCCUUUGACUGACAGCCAUGUCCUCGCCUUUUUUCCGAUUAUGAACGGUUAAUUAACUUUUUUGAAGCUAUUCCUCUUGCUAUAUGUCAGAUUUUUGGCUACUUAUUUCCUUUCUUGGUAAUAGUUCAUAUUGAAAUUUUCCGCUUAACUAUGUUCUCAAUAUCUACAGUAACAAAUGUUAAUGCUAUUGUUGUUGUUUUUAUUGUUGCUUCUUGUUGCGAUUGCUACAGUUCUCAUUGUAAUACAAAAUCUUAAAGAAAAAGAUUAGACUGUAAAUAAGAAAGAUCUGUUUAGCCCUAAAAAUGGGGCCCUUUCAGUAAGUAAAAUACAGUUCUAUUUUUUAUUCUUAUUUGGCUCCCUUAAAUCAGGGCCAAUGCAAUCCAAAUACCUAGGGCUGAUUUGGACCCAAGGGCUGAAAGGGCCCCAGCUUGGGCUGGAAUAACCUUUUGAUUGGGAUGUUUUGGCAUAAAUUGUGCUCAAAGGCUCCAGGAGGGGCUAAAUGAGAUUUUGGCCUGACGAGCUGAAUUUGUACUUUAGGGCUGAAACAGAUCAUUUUCAUUUUCAGUGUAAAUGGAAAUUAUUUUAUGGACAAGUGACCAACAUAAUUUGGGAUAAGUCCUGAAGAGGUGCUUUUCUAUACGCCCUAAAAGUGCAUAUAACUGUUCCAAUCAAUCAACUUUCCGUUUAGGCCUUCAAUUAUAAUAAUACUAGUCCCCAUACCUCUCUCUUAGGUUGUCCAGAUCCAAGAGACUUGUCUUACUGCAUGUUUGAAGCCUUAUUUAAAGGUGCCUGUCUAGCGGAGAAGCCUGAGAAAACGUUUACAUCAAUAUGUAGAAAAUACUGCGAAACAUUUUGCUAACUUGGGAAAUUCUUCCUAAUUUGGCAUUCGAAAUGGUCCAAGUUUAGGUCUUGUAUUUAGCCACAAUCAUAACGUGUAUCAAAAAUUCGUGUGACAAAAAUUAAAUUUAAAAAUCAUUAAUUAUUCAAGUUCGAUGAGAUAGUCUCAAGUUAUUACUUUUUUAAGCGAAUGAUUUGAACAUGACAAUGGUUGUUUAUUCAUCCAACGUUGAAUGGCCAUAAAAUAAGUCCAUUGACCCUUGACUUUUCCAAUAUUUGAGCGGGAGUCGAUCCUAUAACACUUCCCAACAUGUGCUUACAGAGGAAUUAGUGAGUCUUCAUUCGCCCCUCACGAUUGACAGACUGGCCCGACUAAGACAGCUCGCUCGCAAAUAACUCACGCAUGCAUACAGCCAUACCAAAUUAAGGAAAAUGCAUGCCCUCGGGGGUAAAAAGUGUUAACUAUGUCUGAUUCGACACAAUUAUUUCUUGAAGCAAAAAAGCAAGGACAUGGUUUAUUAAUGAUUCAAUGAAUUUAAAUGCUAUUUCCCUGUCGAAACGUGUUCGAUCAGCUGCUGUUAAUUUUGAUUAUUUCAUAUCAUUAUUAUGUGGUAUUGGUCCAUCAACAAGCAACAAGCCAUCGGUCGUUUCGUUUGUGCUUUAAUUAAACCUAUUCCUUAACGAAUAUCUUUGCAGCUGGUCUGUAUUGACAUUAUUCUCACAGAGGGGUUCUGUGAUGAGUGAGCAAAAAUUAUUUAUAUUUUUUUAAUUGGCUCCUUGAUACGAUUGACACGUACCAUUUCAAAGCACUAACACGACCCGACCCCAUGCAUGAAGCUCACCAGCCAUUUGUGGCGCAUGCGCAGUGCAACUAUCUUCAAACACAAGUAUUGUUAAUUUUGCAUGACUAUCUUUUCAUGGAAAUUGAGAAGAGCAGUAUUAACUGUACGCCUCCAAAACUACCUAGAAUCCAACACCAAAAUCUUGCACCGCAACGAAUUUAUUCUUAAAAUAUGUCACAUUUUAAAAGAGUUUAAGUAGCAAAGAACUUUCAACGACCAACUGAUUAAUUUUGUAUUUAUUUUUUAAUUACAUUUUUUUACCACUCGAAAAGUUAAAAAAUCAAAUCAUCCCACUCAACAUUAACCACUGAAUUCAUUUUUAAAUAACAUCUCAAACCUUCCUUGAAUAUAAUCAGCAUAUAGUCGAAUUGUUUUAGUUUCAAGUGGAUUGUGAUUCUAAAUUCCAAUGGAAGGUUUUUUCAAAAACCGCUUAAACUCAUCCCUUCGCGAUGUUUCGCAGACAUUCGUUCUGUCUAAUAGGUGAAAGCUCGAGUCUUAAAGGAACGUAUGGAUAUUGCUAUCUUUCAAAUCAAUUGAAACUAAAUAUUACGAAUCUAAUAUAUAAUGUAUUUACAGAUGGUUUUUUCUCCGCUUGAACAAAAUACUCCACGAAUAAGGUAAUUUGAUUGAUCCGGGCGCCUUCCCGAUCCUUGUCUUUCCUUUGACAAGUUUCUGUAACCUCAUUUUCAUCGGUGAGGAUUGGUCGCUUUUUUAUAGUUUAAUUAUCGGUUCGAUUAUCAAGUGAUCUGCAGUACCGUCGAAGAGAAAGGCUUCAAACAGUUCAACUUACUGUCACUGCGUAGUAAGUGUUUUAGAAAGGUAAGGAAAAGAUUCUCUACUUAUUGUUGUUGUUUUCUUAUUAUUUUCUUAUUAUUUUUUUGUCUUUGUGUUAACAGCCCAUUGACGUAAUUUGGUUACUUUUAUUAUAAGCUUUUGCAGUAUAGCGUCAUCGUCAUUCGGUGAGAUUGCAGGCUAAAGACACUUUCUAAUUCACUAAAGCCUCGCUGAUAUCUCAUCCAAUUUUACUAAUGCAUUCAACGAGAAGGCGCUAAAAAAUAAGCCAUUGUUAUUUACAUUUUUUUGAAAGACACUUGAUGAAACGCCAAAGGUGCUUACGACGGUCAAAUGAAGGUGAAUUUGAAUUUCAGUUGAACUGAGUAAAAAAGAAUUGAUAACUUAAGUUAUAUUAGGUGUUAAUUCGUCCGUUCGCAUGAUAAACCAGCAUCUAUUGUAGUUGGUGUUGAUCUAUGAAGUAAGAAACGACGAUUAGCCCUUUCAACGGGAAACAAAGGACGAAAUAAAGAUAUGAGUUCAACAGAUCUAAUAUUUUUUCCUUCUCUUUAAUCAGAACGUUAAAAAUUUCAUCGCAGCAAUGGAUCUCACAAAUAUAAUCAACCUUCUGAUUCUUGUCCUUCUCACUGCAUUUGCCACAAUGGUAACUUCCGAAGUUUAUUCCGACGAUGUUGAUCUAGAACAGUUUUCCGAACUGUUUAGUAAAAGAGAUGCUGUUGAGGGUGAGUGUAAUACAAACAUUAAACACUUAAUGACUGGUCCCAUGCCAAGGGAAACAGUCCGUUUUUUUUUUUUUUCACGAGAAUCUUAAUGUUUCCAGAGGCAGAGCUAAGGAAAACAUUGAGAUUCGAGGGAAACAAAAUGAACUGUUCCCAGAGGGACCAGUCUUUAAGUGA